AUGAAAGAAAACGAAGAAGAAUGUAAUGAAAAGAAAGAAAAGGACAAAAUACGGAGAGGAGACGCAGAAGAAGAAGAGAAAGAAGGAAGAAAGGAAGAGGAAAGAAGGAAGGGAGGAAGGAACCUUCAAACUCUGCGCCAUGGACAGCGGACCAGAAACUUCAACAACUUGGUUAACACCAACGCCCCCAGUCAGCGCUUUGGCCGUAACGCCCUAUUCAGGGUCUUCUUUUUGGUUGAUAGCGUGAUCAGCUCCGAGAUCCUUGAGGAAUUGUACCUUAUCGCUUCAGCCCGUAGUAGCAAUGACUCUUGCGCCGACUGCUUUGACAAACUGCAGUGCAAAAACGCUGACUCCUCCGGUGCUCUCUCCGAGGCUGAUGAGGACGAGAUGACUUUGGAGAUUUUGAAACACUUGGCUAAUCGCACCGGCAAGACCGACCAGAUGUACAGAGGAUUGUACCGCAACACGUCCAAUAUCGUCAUGAUUGAAUACGAGAAAGACGUUGAAAGCAGCAAACAGGAGGACAUGCGUGGUGGCCUGGAAGAGGCCCUGCGCCUGGGUGAAACGCUUGCCGCGCUCAAAGAGGAUGACGCCUGGAAUUGCAAGGAUCAUGACUUUGAGGUGCCUCUUGGCUGUGGCUUUGUUGGUGUCCUUCGCCGGAAUCAGCAUUCUACUACAUCAACCCGCAUUUCUGGGCUGCUUCGGGACCGCAUCCACUCAAGAUCGGAAGUAUGCACGGGUCGAAUAGGCCAAGCAUCUUCAGGACUCGUCUCCUUAAACGAUGUGAUAGCUAUGAGGCCGAGCAGCACUGAGGUGGCCCACGGCUAUGGCUCCUCGCUGGUAUGGCACCGUUGGUUCGAGGAGCUGUAUAAAACAUGGACCCGCCUUGAGGGCCGACCGAAGAGUGCCAAGCGUCAAGCGUGA